GGGAACUUCUGGAGAUGUCUAAGAGCUCAAAAUUUUGAUUCAGGAUGUCCACGUUCAAGAUAUGGCCAUCGCAGGGGUUUUCAGUCACGUGUUAACUUGGUCCCGCCGAAAAGGGACUAGAUGAUCUGCAACGAUGCAGACGUGAGUUGGGGGCGCAUUUUCAGCUUCGGCCACGCCUUUUCGCUGCGUCCUGACGAGACGCCAUGCUCGCUUCCUUCCCAUUCUCAUCGAGCGCUGAUUUUGUGAAGCCCUCAAGCGCCGCUUCUUCUUCCGUGUCAUGACGGAUCUAGAGACUCCAACGGAUGCGAAUCCCUCAUCCACGGCAGGACACGCGCCGGCCCGGGAUCAAUACUCGAUUGCCGACUCAGCCUCAGAUCGACCCAGAAGUCUGGAUGACGAGAGUCACGAUAGCGAAUUUAGUGACAUAAACACCGUUCUCUACAUUCAAGAUCACACCUUCAAACAAUACGUCUUUCCGUGGGAGCGAGCUCAGGAAUGGGCAAACGUUAAAAGCUUUUUGGAAGAGAUCUACGCGCGCAAGCACGAUGGAGAGUAUCUAGACGACAUCCGCAAUGAUCGGUUUGAUGUCUUGACUAGUGACGGCGACGUCAUAUUGCCUCCUGUCUGGGCCGCUGUUAUUCGUCCUGGCUCUGCCGUUCGAAUAACAUUCCCAGCGCAUGAUGUCUCAUCGGAUUUGGGCGGGCGACGCCAUAGUCCUCCUGGUCAUCGUGUAGGAUUCGCCGAUGUAGAUGUGGAUGUGGGAGAUGAUGGAAGCGAACGAUCCCCUUCUCAGCGGCGUUGGUCGAGCAGUAUAGAAUUCUCACCGACUGGCCCGUAUGAGGGAAUUGAGAGUUCUAUAGAGGAUGAGGAGGAGACCACCGAGCCUGCUCCGCCACCAGAGCCUACUCGUGUGGUCAUCGCUCCUACGGAUACGGAAGGAAACAAGCUCUCCUUUAUGGCCAAUACUAGGUGGUUUGGUACUCAUUCAGAAUCGAGCAAAGAAACCGGAAGCAACGGCGAAGAUCUCAAGAAGCCUCCCGAAGGGGGUGCGAUGAACGCCGAAAACCUCAAGAUUACCAAGGCGCUUACGGUUUCAGCGGAGGGUAGAACGACACUACAGGUUCAUACGCUUCCAGGGCCAGAGAACUCUGCUUUUUCCUCUAGUGUUGGCAUUCGAUGGUAUCACACUCGUGCUGAUAAAUUGGAUUGGACGCAAUUCAAGAGUACUUGCUCGAACGUGCCAGGUCUGAGUGAGCGAUCGCAAAAGCUCGUUAUGAGAACGCUACAGAAAGUAGAGAAGGAGAAGCUCAAAGCAUUUCUUGGUGGAAUGUUCAUCGAACCCGGGACGGUAUUGCGCGGCGACGAGAGCGAGCAACCAGAGCCCCUUUGGGUCAUAUUCUCCUGCGUCCCAUAUUUCGACCUUCGAAAACCUUCCAGAACUACCCCUUCCCAAAGUGACCGUCUCCAUCCUCCAAGAACUUUGGUACAGUCAUACUACCCGUAUGAGCCUGUUCAAGAGCGGGACGCAGAGCAAGCGUACAGGAAAUUUGGGAACGAUCGCACCAACAGUCUGAUCCACGUACCAUCAUUGUGGAUGAUGAAUAUUGGAUCCUCUACAGUCGUUACAUGCGGAUAUCGAACACUUGCGAGCGAAUUAGUCAAGUCGAUCGAAGUCGUCCAGGAGGAUCCGAAACAGCUGAAUAUGGACGUAGAUGGAAACACGUCGACUAGUAUUCGGCUGACCGAUCAGAAUGGCCGCGUCCUUCUCUACUCACUCGACGAGUGCAAGACCUUCUUCGAAUUGGAGCAGAGGCUCCGAGAAUUGGGGUGCGUUACGGCAUUUCCUGGCUACGAGCAGAGUCUGCCGUUGGCUUGGAAUAGCCCAUAUGGUGAUAAGAAGGUCACGGCUCGCAAUUGGCUCGAGAUUACCCUGCAACGAGGUCUCCUUUUCGUCAACCUUGCAGUCAUUGAUGAGAACAAGGCCAAAGAGUUGGAUGACGAAAUCCCUGCGGGACGACCCCAGCAUAUCCGGGCAACCACGCUGUCGAAGGACUCGGUCCCACCAUUUUUCCAAUGGCCGGUGAAAUCAAAGACGAUUCCUUUUCCAAAAGAUCCCGUUGCCGCCGAUGACUCGCAGUGUAUACACUGUCUAGACCUCGUCGAGAAAGCAAUAUUGAGCGAGACUCUGCCUGAUUACGACACGACAGGAAUGGUGGACCGUAGUUUUACGUCCACAGAGUACUACGAGGCCCUCCAGGAGGACACCAUCGACCACGUCAACGCCCUCUUCGCCUCGCUGGAGCAAACGCAAGCUACACUAGGAGAAGGCCCAUCGCAGCGUACGUACCACCAGGCUGUCAUCGAAGGCCAAUGCUCCCAAUUUACAGAAAAGGCUGGUAAUUUUGUCAGUGUCGUGCACAAGACAUUCAAGCUUUUCCUAUCGGAUGUGGACCAGAGUACGAUACUACGCAAAGUGUGGGGAGCCAUGGCGAAUAUUGCAUCAAUCAUUAGGACAAUUCAACAGCGCGACAUUUAUAAGCCCGAUCCCGAGGAAUACAAGAACGAUCGAUGGAGGACACCCAUCCGCAAGGGACGCACUUGGUACAUUCGGGCCCACUAUCCGAGAUCGCUGGUAGUUGAUCCUCCCUUGCCGAAGAGUAACGACGCCUUUGCAGAAUUCGUAAAGAAUUGCACGAGAUGUCAAAGCCCAAAACCUUUCCUUGAUCCCAACGAUGCUCUAGCGCAUCUCCGAUCCCACCACCAGCAUAGUGGAAAGGCUGAGUCACUUGACCCGAACACCCGCUCCUACGUAGAUGAUGUGAACCUGAAGGACUGGAUACGCAAUGAGGACGAAUAUCUCCUGGAGACCUCGAAUGCGGGAUGUCUUGCUCUCCUCAAUGAAGCGCUGGCGGCUUCAGGCAGUGUUCUCCGCGAACUAACAGAACUCGUUGAUGGAGUAAAGAAACAGGACGGUAACUUGUCCGAGCUCUAUACCCUUCCACGCCAGCUCCUGGAAACCUUCCGAAGGAUUGUCUUACUCUAUCUUGCUGUUGAAAGAAGUUUACAUUUUAUUCGGGGACUCAUCUCUGAUACGCACCGACGCCACGAGCACGGAGAUCCAUCUUUAAGAGAGGGGCUUCAGGCAUUGGAGCGCUUCAGCGAGAGUAUAAUGACGCCUCUGCGCCAGGCGCGAGCGACCCUGUGCGAGAUGGUGCGUUCCCCUUCACCGAAUUACCCCUGGAAAAGGAUGUCUUUAGGUCCCGAGUACAUAUGUAGCUGGCUCAUGAGGCGCCUGUUGGUCAGACCACUGGGGGACCAGAGCAUGACGGUCGCAGAUAUAUAUCGGGAGUAUCUUUCAACCCUGCAAUUCCAAGUCAAUCACCGGCCAGGAAAACGACUUCUCCGAACCCUAAACCUCCUACAGGAAGAGCUCAUGAUCCUCGCCGAAGUCAACACCUGGCAAACACGAUUAAUCGAAAACUACAUGCGGGUUCUAGAUGACUCUUCCUACGAAAAGGACAUUCCCUUGCGCCGCGCGCUUUUCCCACACGAGCGUCUCCUCUUGAAGUCCAGUCUCGAGUAUUUGGCCUUGACCCGUGAGGAGUACGCGGAUCAAAUCCGCCGCUGCGGCCCGCUAUCCGACAGCACCAAGCAAAGCGCCGAAAUCAACGAAGAGGAUCACGGAAAAGCAAUUCUCAUCUUCACAGUUGUCACCGUCAUCUUUCUUCCUCUCUCUUUCGUGACCUCCUACCUGGGGAUGAACACCUCCGACAUCCGCGACAUGGACAACAAGCAGUCCCUCUUCUGGGCGAUCGCAAUUCCAUUGACAACCAUCACAAUGGGCUCUAUCCUCUUCAUAGCAUACAAUGGCGACGAGCUCCGCGACCGCCUCUCCUCAAUCUACCGCUCGCUGGCCGGAAAACAAAACCGCAGCACCACCGCGCGUGGCAUAUCUGUUGCCCAACGCAAACGCGCAUCCAAGAACCCCUCCGAUUCCUCUUCAACACUAGACUACAAAUCCAUCGCCGAUGAGGCCGAGUUCGCGACCCCAAAACCCGACUUCUGGGACGACGACUACAUGCGCGGCGCCCACGGGUUCCAGCACAGCCUCAUUGAAAGCAGGAUGCGACCGCUGACGAAAAGCGGGCUCGAGGUCACAGCCUACAACGACGACAUUCUCUACGACGAGGACCUUCUCCCCCGGCGACGCCGUGCACGAAAAGACUACAGCAGUGCGAGCGCUCUGCCCCCUCUCCAGAACGUCUACCCAGUCCCGUCGACCGAUCCUGCGAUUUUCGACGCCAGACGUACCACCACACAGACCUAUUCCCUCCCCGUCAACAUCCAGUCCAAAGUGGCGGGCAUAAAACUAGACACGUCCUAUUACCCAUCCCGUCCACAACCAAUACCAAUAUCACUACCACGACCGCCUCCACAUAGACCCUACUACCCCAACCCCUACGCCCGCGGCGCCCCUCCCCCUCCACCCGUCAUCCCAGGCUACAACCCCAACGCUCCUACAUACAUCAAAGUGCACCGCAAGUACCUCGACCCCGAGACGCUUGCUUUCUACCAGCUGCCCUGGGAGUACGAUCGCGUGGAUCCUAAUUACAUCGUCAUAUUGAGGGAAAUGCCCCGAGGGGAGACGGAUGUGCUGUUUGAGCAUACGCGCAAGUUGAGGGAGAAGAGGAGGGAUGGAGGAGCGGUGGGGCUGGGCGGGAGGAAGGGGGAGUAUACGUGGGUGAAGAAGGGGAGGGGGUAUGGGCAUGGAUAUGGGAAGGGGAGGGAGAGAUACGUGUGA